AUGCGGCACCCCGCCAUCUCCGACGUCGCCGAGCACGACGCGCAAGACGAGGACGAGGACGAGGACGACUGCUGGACGCCGCUCCAGCGCGCGGCGCUCGCGGGCGACCUCCCCGCGGUGCGCGCCGCCCUAGCCGCGGGCGCGGACGUCAACGCCCCGGCACGGGGCUACUACGGCCGGACGGCGCUCCAGGCGGCGUGCUCGGCGUCCCGCACGGAAGUGGUGUCGGCGCUCCUGGCGGCCGGGGCGGAGGUGAACGACCGGCCGGGGAACAACGACGCCAAGAACGCGCUGCAGAUGGCGUCCGGGCGGGCGGACGGCGCCGGGAUCGUGCGGGCGCUGCAGAGCGCGUGCGCGGCGGGGGCGGGGGAUGUGGUCGAUCUGCUGCUGCGGGAGGCGGGGGCGGAUGUGAACGCGGCGCCGGCGGCCACGGGAGGGCGGACGGCGCUGCAGGCGGCGGCCGAGGGCGGGUUUGAGGGCAUCGCGAGGGCGGUGACGGAGCGCGGGGGCGACGUCAACGCGGCGGCGUGCCGGGCGCGGGGGUUCACGGCGCUGCAGGCGGCGAGCUACGGCGGGCACGAGGGGCUGGUCGAGAUGCUGUUGGAGGCCGGGGCGGACGUGGAUGCCGAGGGGAGCCGGUAUAAGGGGGCGAGGGCGCUGCACGCGGCGGCGGAGGGGGGCCACGCGCGGGUGUGCGAGAUGCUGCUGGAUGCCGGGGCCGAGAUUGAUGCCGGGGCCGGGGUCGGGGCCUGGGGAGGCCGGCAGACGGCGCUGCAGUGUGCGGCGGCGAGGGGCCACCAGGAUGUGGUGGCACUGCUGCGAAGGAGGGGCGCGACGGGAACGGAAGGUGGAGGGAUGUUUCUGUUUGGUUAG